CAAUGUAUGACGACCAAGCUAAACAAGAGAAUCUGUAUGGGCAGUUGAUGAACGGUGUUGUUACAUCGGUGCAAUCAGAAACUAUGUCUAAAGAAGCGGAGAAUAUUCGCAGUGCAGUACUUUUCUAUUUAAUGAAAUGGCUUGAUGUAGUUGAAGAAAUAAAUCCUCUGUUUAAAGUCAAAGAGUUAAUUGGAGUUGGCAGUUAUGCUGAGGGAACGAAGAUAAUCGAACCUAAUGAGUUUGAUUAUUUAGCUGUGAUUGAUAAUUUCUCCAAGCCAGGUCUGCUUAGUAUAGAUAGGAAGGCAUCAAACUUCAAUGAAGGAUUAGUAAAAGUCAAAGUUAAAGACGACAAUCUAAAGUCUCGUUGCAGCCAGCUUUGUAAAAAUGGCCACCUACAAUGUUUUCAGCCCAUAAACUUUCCUGACCUGGGUGAACAUCGAUUUGGUCAUGUUUUUCUUUUGGCUCUUAAAAAGUUCGUUAAGAAAACAGGAUUACAAAUGGGACAAGGAACUGGCUCCCCAACAUGUUUGUCAUGUAGGAUCCAUUUACCAACUAUAAACAACAUAUCCCUUUUGUUUGGAGGAGCUGAUUACAACGCACCUAAUGUGCUUAUUUAUUUUAAAUACAAGGGAAGAAAGUUAACAACUGAUAUAUCCCCAGCAAUUAGAUAUUAUCAACCUGAGGACUGUUUUCAAGGCGAAGACAGCGUAAGUCCGGUUUUUGCAGACCUUGUUCUUAGUCGUAAAUCGCUACUUUUAAUCGGAACACAACACGAAUCUGAUUUUAGAAUAACAGUCACCGAAGCUGAAGUUGAAUACAUAAAAAGGAUGAUGAAACCGGAACACAAGAUCAUCUAUAUAUUUUUGAAAUAUAUAACAAAAUUAUACACGGACAUAUAUACUGUUCAUCCAUUUACUUCAUAUAUGCUGAAAACGGUCUGUUUUCACCAUGAUGCUAGAUGUGAAGUUCAGAAGAUAUCAAUAAGACACUGUUUUGAAUCAGUAAUAGAAGAUCUAAUGGUCUGUACUCAACAAGGAUUUGUUAUAAGUAUUUUAGAUAAGCAUAUUCAUCUUAAGUCAAUAAACGUUGGCUUUUUGAUUUAUGAAUAUAGAACAAGUAUGUUAACAGAUAUAAAGAAGAUGUGUAUUUUGCCUGAAGGUAUCAAAACAGUCGACGCCUUUCAUGAAUUUGUUGGAGGUUUCGCGCUGAAAGAGAAACAGAAAAGAGAUAAAGAAAGCGAUGACAAGCGGAAAAGGAGAGAAUCAUCUGAGGACAGGUUUUAUGAAAACAUUCAACGGGAAGUUUCCAAGUUAACUGAUAUGGGAUUCGGGACUGAAGAAGCCGAGGUUGCUAUGAAGAGAGCUUUAGAUGACCCAGCAUUAGCUUUGUUAAUACUUAAAUUCGACGCUGAAAGGCGAAAAGACAAAACGAUAAUUGAAUCAGAUGUUAUCCUUCCUGAACAUCGUCAACGAGCUCCGGAUCAGUCUUGUGUUCCAUCAGACUCUACUGAUGCAUCAAUAAGUUCAAUAGGAGAGUCUCUACGUGAUACCAUUAUUCAACAUAACUGUUCUACCACGAUCUCUGAGGAAAUAAUUUAUGAACGACAAAAACAUUAAAACAUGCUAAAACAUUGACUGCGAGUUGAACAUAGCAUUUAGACUGCAGUAAAAAUUGAACCCUUUUACAACUGGACAGUUUGAACAAUUGAAUAUAAUGCAACGUUCGCUAAUUUUAAUCAAAACUGAACAAAUCGAAUGGCAAUUUAAAAGCAUUAAUUUGUCAAAAAAUAAUAUUAAGACGGACAUUAUACAAUAAGAUACUUAUAUCGUGUACUUGUGAGAUAUGUAUCGACUCUGUAAAGGUCAUUUUGUGCUUCUUAACUUUAACUCACUCAGAAAGACAUGAGGUGUUACUUAGUGUAUAAUAUAAAGCACAAGCGGCCACAAAAGAAGGACCAUAACGGCCUUUCAUGAACGAAUCCAGUCUUUUGCGGGAUUCGGACCCAUUUAAACCUAAGCGGAAGCGGGGAAGUAAUUUAAGGUCAGCGACCAUAACCACUUGGUCAUGAAGGCCAUAUCAUAGAGAACUAUGUUCAAAAAGAUAAAACGUUAUAAACAAAAGUGAGAAAGACUACAGUUAUUUUCUUUCAAUUCAAAGAGACUAUUCAUAGCCGAUAAGAAAUGAAAAACUUUUCAAGUAUGAUUAUUAGGUCUUGUACUCGACAAUUUUGUCAUUUAACAUCAAAAAAACACACUGCAGAUGAUCACGUGAUGAUCAGGAUAUUAAAUCGUUCGGCCAUUGUACUCAUUAAAUUUGGUUCGACCAUUGUACUCGUUUAUUACAAGGAUAGACAAUGUUUUUGACGGAUAAACUUGCAAUUGUGCACAAGAUGUCAUUGCUAAUUGUGCUCAACAUGCAUUUCUUUUACUGAAAACAAAGCAUUUUAGUACCUGUUCGGUCAUUGUACUCAUCACCCAAAACAACUUUUUUGACUUUCAGGCCUAAACAUAGGGAGCUACAAAGUAACCAAUAACAGAACAGUACGGGGAUUUUUACCCGGGGUUCCGUGCAGCCUAGUUUUACAUAUAAAUUUAACGUUAAUUGUAUGCUUACCUCAAUUUCACUGCUUUAACCGAGCGUAUAAGCAGCCAUUUUAUUAGCCCAUUGUACGAUUUGGGUCACGUGAUCCUCCGCAGUGAUACAGUUGCCUUAAAUUCUUUUUCAAAUUUUAAAGAACGACAGUUGAAAGAAUCUAAUUACGAAAACGUUUAUUCUUUGUGGAAGAAUUUUCACAAAAUACCAAUAGAACUUUGACGUGCAAUUACUUUAAAAGAGAUUUAAGUGUUUUCACGCAUUGUUUUACUUGGGUCAUACGCCGCUAUUCAUGGAAUGGCACGAAGUAUAACUUUGCAGGUUCAACGAUGACUGCCGUAUGAAUACAUCUGUGGAUGUUUCUAAAAUAAAAAAUUCACCAUUUUCAUGAUUAAAUGUUGAAGUCUGCUUAUUAAUAAGCCGGUACUGGGGGAGGCGUGCACGGUUACUUGCAUUUUCCAGUACCGUUCAUGAACAGGCUCAAUCAAACCAAUCUGAAACAUUUCAAUUUGUUGUUUUGGGGAUUCUGUAUUUUUGUUGUUUAAAAUAAAUUGAUAUU